AUGGAUAUUGUGCAGGUGGAACUGGAGAAAGAUCAGACUAAGGUUUCCCCCAUUGCAGAGGAACAGCUUGAUGCUGAGCAGCCUCAUAGCUCAGGCAGCAGACCAUCAAGCUCUAGAUUCUCUGAUCAGCUCAUCAGUUUGCACUCAGGUGUCACCCCUGUGUCCUCUGUGGUUGGUUCGGGCAGCAGUGACAAUGGCUGCUUGGUCACUGUUCUAAUGCUGAGACUGUUGGCCAAACUCAGAGAUCAACCAACUGCUUCUGCUGAUGAGAUGGACGCCUCCAGGGAGUUGAUUGAGAAAAUCCUCUCUGAGUUCAGUAGCCCUUCAGGAAGUGUAAACUUCUACACUUAUCCGGGUAACGUUAAGAUCCAGGCAAUGUACCAAACCAUGGAUAAGUUCCUCCUGAAGGAGUUUGGACCAGAGGCUGUCCUGCAGAGAGCGGUGGACACACAGGAUGUAUCCUUUGAUCACAUCUUGCUCACAGCACUGAGGAGGGAACUGCUGCCCCAGUGUGAUGCUGAAGCCACUUCUGUCCCAUCAGCCCUCAGUGCUUCACCCUCCUGUGAGCCUGUGCCGGGAGCAGCAGAUGAGCAAACUGCCAGAGAGAAGCCCAAAAAGAGAUUCAAUAUAAAGAUGCCAAAACUGGGCAGAAAGAAGGUGUCUCCCACAAAGGCCUUUUCAGACUUUACAGGUGUAAGUGUAGCUGCCCCUGCCCAUCAUACUCCACCUGUGCCCUCUUCUGGCCAGAGGACUUGCAAAUGUUCCUUUUUCAGCAGGAUGUUCACUUGUUGCAUUCAAGGCUCAUCUGAACCUUGA